AAGCAGCGGUUUAGAGAAGUCUCCAGUUUGUGUGAUACAGAACGACACAACUCUACAAUGUCUGCUGUUUUAGUGACGGCUCUGUUGGUUGUAAAUAUCAUGUUUACCUGUGGACUUGACAUUUCACUACAAAGAGAAUAUUAUAUGGAGGGUAAAGAUUUAUUUUGUGGCAAGUUACAUUGUUUGGAGAACACAAGAGAAGAUAUUGAAAUCUCAGCUUUUGUCAACAUGUCAGUCUAUAGGAUCAGUGAAUUAGAGGGGAAGAUUGUGUUGGCGUCUGUAUCAGAAUCAGAUUCAAGAGUUCGAGAUUAUAAAGUAGCUGGAUCAAAAGUUGAUGGGAAGUUUUCAAAAGUGUUUGGAGAAUUGACCGUCUCAUUUACAAAACCUUCUGAGUGUUUUAGUACAGUGUUUGGAUGUGAUGUGUAUUACACAAAUAGAAGGGGUCUCACUGAGAUGAAAGAAAAUAAAACCAAACCUGUUGACCAAGACAAUCGUAAGCCGCUGAUGUUGAUGACCAUAGAGGCUAAAACUCCAGAGUUUGAUAAAACAAUUGAUAGAAUGUCAGAGUUUUUAAAAACUUUUAUAGAUUGUGAUAUGUUAAACAUAGCUGACUUGAAGAUGAAUUUACAGUUUUUAACAGACCACAAACAUUCUAACCUUAGUAAUCAUAAAACAGAAUUAACAAAGGAGAAGAAUGAUGAAACUUUAGUUAAACUUACCAAUGUCAUGGAAAGUAGAUUAAAUAGCGUGUUAUCUGCCCAAGGAUCUACAAUUCAGAGACUUGAAAUGCAAAUAAACAACGUUGUUAACAGAAUGAACACCUUAAAUAACACUAAUCAAGAGUUCACGCAUUUUAAAUACAACUUAACUGAAAGCUUUCUAAAGACAAUUCAGCAGAUACAAGCAAACAAUAACACACUUGAAAAACAAAAUAGCACAGCAAUAUUGGAACGUCAAAACAUAAGCAUUCAACAAUUGUGGGAAAGCUACAAAAACCUGUCAGAGACACAGUCAAAGACACAGAAGGAUUUAAUAACAGCUGUUUCACUGCUAAACAAUACGAAAAAGAUGAAUAACACCAUUCAAAACCUGAUUACUAAAUCAGAUCAAAUUAUCGAAUACUUAAAAUGUGCCAACAUGAACGAUCGUGUUUUAGCCGACAUGAAUAAGGCUGGAGUAGAUGUUAGCAGAACAUUGUGUGAUACCAAGACUGACGGUGGAGGAUGGAUUGUUAUACAGGGUUAUAAUGAACUCAGAUUUGACAUGAAGUAUAAAGGUAAUGACUACUACGCUGUGUACAGAGGUUUUAAGGUAGAAAAUGAAGCAGCAAAGUAUAAGAUGAGCUACACGUCAUUCAGUGGUGGAAAUGUUGAAGACAAGUUUAGUUUUCACAAGGGCAUGAAGUUUACAACCAUUGACUCUGAUAACGAUAGGUUGUCAGAUGGCAACUGUGCUGUUGGCAGGGGAGCUGGUUGGUGGUAUGAAUAUUGUCACAGGGUUAACGUCAACGGUGAAUGGGCGAGUCGUGGUUAUGGUAAAGGAAUUCAUUGGAUUAGCAUUACAGGCUGGUAUGACUCUCUAGACGUUGUUGAGAUGAAACUUCGUCAAAUGUAA